GUUUGUUUCUCUCGCCUUAAUCCCUCUCCUGUGGGCGCCAGCGUAUAUAAAGGAGGGGCACACCCGGGCUGCUUGCACUCUGGAGUGAGGCUCAGCAUAAACAUCAGCAAUCAUGUCUAGUGACAAAUCCAAGUCCUCUUCCCAGACUGAUGGCAAGGCCUCUCAGAGCAAGAAAUCUGAGUCUGGACAGAUUUCCUACAAGAUGUUGGUGUUUGAUCAGGAGAACUUCCAGGGCCGCAUGAUUGAGAUUAGCAGCGAGGUCAUGAACAUCUGCGAGCUAGGCAUAGAACGUGUGCGCUCCCUCCGUGUUGAAAGCGGCCCCUUUGUGGGCUUUGAGCAGAUAAACCUCUGCGGUGAGAUGUAUAUCCUUGAGAAAGGCGAAUAUCCUCGCUGGGAUUCCUGGAGCAACUGUCAGAAGAACGACUACCUGCUCUCCUUCAGGCCUGUCAAAAUGGACCCUGAUAAACACAAGAUCUGCCUGCAUGAGGUGGGUGAAUUUAAGGGUCGCAAGAUGGAGAUUAUGGACGAUGACGUCCCCAGCCUGUCUUCAUACGGCUUCACCGACAGAGUGGGCAGCAUUAUCGUCAGCUGUGGAACGUUCGUAGGAUACCAGUUCCCCGGCUACCGUGGCAGCCAGUACCUGCUGGAGAAGGGUGAAUACAGGCACUUCAAUGAGUACGGCGCCCGCACCCCCCAGCUGCAGUCCGUGCGCCGUAUCCGUGACAUGCAGUGGCACCAACAGGGUUGCUACACCUUGGCGACCAAGUGAGGCUUGGGGAAGGAGAGAAAGAGAAAGAGCACAAGUGAGGGAGAGGGACGCAAGAAAAGGGGAAGGGGGAAAGAUGUCUGAGGGCUUACCUGAUCACGUUUAGUGGCUAAAAGGCAGCGGUGGGGAAGGUUGAGGAUCUUCCAGACCUAGACCUUAUCUCGGGGAAACGACCUCCAUUCCUCACUGUCCAUUUUUCUCUUUCUCACCUAUGAGCUAAGCUUAGUCCCCCCCCUUCUCUCUCUUUUUUUAAAAACAUUUUUAGUCCAUAUUUUCAUUCUUCUACACAGCUCUGAAGAAGGAAUAAGACACAUUUCGAGGUUUUACACAAGAUUCUUGGUUCAGGAUACAAUGCACUUUGGGAAACAGAGUCAUUAGCACCUCCUGCUCUAGCCCCUAUGCAUUGCACACACUCUCUGUUAUACAGA